UUCACACACCGCGGCAGUCCGUAUCUACCGCCGCUUACCUGUUCGUCGUCUGUGCGCAAUAUUCCCUCCAAAUGUGCUGUAAAGUCGGGUGGUCGAAUAGUGGCAAUUUUUUUUUUAAAACACCGAUAUUGAUAAUGGCGUGAGUAGCAUUAAGUACUUUAAUACCCAAGUGCUGCAUGUUAAUCGGUACAUGUACAAAGGCCCACCAUCGUAGUUCAGGAGCCGUUUGAUCAUGGACAGAUAGCUGAAUAUAUAUACGUUUCUGUGUAAACCAACAUGCCGGGCCCGAGAAGGUUUAGUAGCGGUGGAGUAGGAGGAGGAGGUCAAGCGUGGGAAAUGGGUGAACGACGAUAUUCUGUAGCUGGUACAGACCCUCAUUUAAGCCACCAUGCGGUCACGUCAAUGGGACCACCAGCAUCUGAAGAUCUUCACGCUUGGAGUAUUUACAGGCAAAAUUUAAAUUCUGAUUUCACGGACUCUGCUCUUGGAUCGAGUGAGAAGUCCCCCCUACCAUAUGGUAACUUUCAGUUGCGCGAAUCUACUGUGCAGUCCAUACUCAGCCAUCCACGAUACGGUCCAAAAUACGAUGUACACAAAUCGCCUCUGAGUUCGAAUAUGUACACGUACCUCAAAUUUGGCUUACCCAGAGUAUUUCCGCCUAACAGUCGCAGGGAUGGAUCUAGUGGUUAUGACUCGAGUGAAGAUGGAGCAGCUAUACGAAGUCAAAGACCUUAUACGAGAACUAGAAGUGAUCCGGACUUUUGCAAUCAUGCAAUUUACCACGGCGGGCCUACUUUACAAAGACAUCACCCGGGUCGUCGAGGAAAAAGUAUAAGUGAAGCUAAUUUACUCGCACCUCAUGGAUAUCCUAUUCGACAAGAACUUCCAACAAUGCAGCGGAGGAGCGUACAUGACUUGCGAGCACUGUCUGAAGUGAAUCAUCAUCAUCAUCAUUACACUAAUCCAGCACAUCAUUAUAGUUCUCACCAUUUAACGAGUGGUCGGCCCGCUUCCAUAGCUGUUGUUGGUACAACAGCUACUACACCUAGAGAUAGGAGUAUUAGUAUGAUGAGCAAUUUAAGUCCAAAUCGAUCAGAUAUUUACGGACAACCUGCAAUUGUUUAUCCAUAUCUUCAGGUAAGGGGACUAGAAGUGCCUGGAAGUUCAGAUGGAAAAAGGCCAAAAAUUCAGGGGAUUUCAUUUGAAGUUCAAGCCGGUGAAGUAAUGGCCUUUAUGAUGACAUCUGAACGAGAAGGAGAAGCUCUUUUAAGUAGCCUUGCAAAUCGUCAUCCAUGCCAAGUACAGCAUAUAUUGCUCAAUGGCCAAAAUAUUUCUAUUUCUUCAUUUUCUAAACAUAUUGCUUAUAUACCCGCUGAAGCUAAAUUAGCUCCUAAUUUAAGUGUAGCACAGACUUUAGCGUUUUAUUCUCAUUUACGGAAAGCUCCUUUUCGUGCCAUACCAAAAGUAUCUCAAAACGAUCAAAUGGGAGUACUUAUUGAAGAGUUGGGUCUAGGACAAGUUUUAAAUACCAAUGUUUCUGAACUAACUGCCUCUGAAGCCCAAAGAUUAAGUGUAGCAUGCCAUUUAAUGUCUGAUGCAGAAAUUAUAAUGCUUGACAGGCCAACCGUGACAAUGGAUAUAUUCGACACGUUCUUUCUAGUUGAAUUUCUUAGACAAUGGGCGGCUGGUGCCCCAACUGGUGUGAAUCCGCGUAUCGUAAUGGUGACACUGCAGCCUCCUACUUAUGAAAUAUUUACUAUGGUUUCAAGAGUUGCAUUAAUAUCUGUUGGUCAUUUAAUGUAUUCUGGUCGACGCAGAAAUAUGUUGCCAUAUUUUUCAUCGGCUGAUUAUCCGUGUCCAGCUUUCAAGAAUCCUUCAGAUUAUUAUCUUGACUUAGUCACACUCGAUGAUUUAUCAGCAGAGGCCAUGUUAGAGUCAAGUCAAAGAGUAGAACAGCUUGCGGAUCUAUUUAGAAGAAGAGUUGAACCUUUACCAGACCCUGGACCGCCAAAACCUUUGCCAGGAAAGCCGCGAACUGCCAUUGUGCCAAUACAAAUUGUCGCCAUAAUAUUACGUCACAUGGCGUAUUCGCAGCCCAGGAGUAGUUUACGAUGGAUUUCUAGGUUUUUCAUUGCUGGUAUAUUGUCAAUAAUUUAUGGCACAAUAUUUUCGGACAUUCCAGCUACGGAUCCACAACUUUCAUUUGGUGACAGAAUGGGGUUCUAUUACAGCAUUAUGAUAGUUGGAGCACUGCCACUCAUUCUACAAAUUGCAUUAAGUGAUACACAUGGAAAUGACCGUGAUUCCAUAGAAAGUGAUAUUGCUGAUAAUUUAUACAGUCGAUUUGUGUACAUCGUAACGUCAAUUUUCUGCAGUAUUCCUCCCUCAGCUUUAAUCUGGAUAGUAUAUUCUGUGCCGGCAUAUGCCAUGUCUGCUCUCUAUCAUGAUUAUGAUUUAUACAACUCGGAACCAUUUUUUGCAUACCUAUUGAACGUUGCGAUUCAUAUGAGUUCCGUACAGUUAAUGGCAACAGCGAUAGGGUACCUGAUGCCCGACCGUCUCAGUUCAUCGGUGCUGACAACCAUUACUGUUCUUGUGUCCGGCGUAAUUAGUGGUAUACUACUCAAUUUUGCCGAUCUUAAGAAAAUACCUGGUGUUCGGUUUCUUUCGACUUUGUCACCGACUAGGUAUUUUAUGUUGCCAUUAUUAAGAAAAGACCAUAGUCAUGAUACGCUCUCUUCACUCGCUUCUACCCUUGUGUGUCGCAACAAGCAGAUCCAACAUCAAGACAUAAUAGUGCAAUUACCAUGUCCAAUCCCGAAUGGUACUGCAGCCCUAAUUCACCACGGCCUAUUGACACCGGCGGUGGAGCCAUAUGUGUUAUUCACCAACAAGGACUCAUUAUCAGCUGGCCUCUAUUUAUGGGGAUUUUUCGCUUUAAUAGUAAUAUUUUUCUUCAUAAGUAUCAGUAGGUUUUGUAACAGGUUUCACAAAGUUUCUCGUCCACAAAGAUAACCGAGAAUAUAUUAUUAUUAAAAUGUAAACUAUUAUGUUUAUUUACAACAAAUUAGACAUAGAUAGAAAAACAAAUUUUGUUUGAAAGUACGAGGUAUUUUUUUAUUAUAGUUUUGUUAAUACCUAUAAUAUAUUGUUAGAGUCUUUGUUUAAAUAUGUAUUCAAAUAUUUUAUGAAAUUCAUAAACGUAUGUGAUAUGAAUGUUAUGACGGAAAUCUGUAAUUUUAUAUUAUAUUAUUAUUGUGUCAAGUCAAGUACUAGAUCAAAUUAAAAUGUACAACGAAUAGUUAAAUUAUUUACUGUACGUAGAAUGUGUGUAUACUAUAUAAUAUAUAAGAUAUCUGUAUUAGUAAAUUGCCUAGGUCAAAUAAAACCCUAUAAAUUAUAGAAUUUUAAUGAUUCAUAUAAAUCGCUCAAUUUUCUUUGAUUUUAUGAACAGAAUCAACAUAAACUAUUAGUAAAUCUAUGAAAUUUUAAAUACAAAUAAUGUAUUUCUAUAUAAACUACCCACUAGCUAUUAAUAUAUUAUUAUUUAUAAUUAUUUGAUAAGUACCUGUAUAAUUAAAUAUUAAUUGAUUUAUGUUAAUAUUAUUUAUUUGUAUAUAAUUUAAAAUUGCUCACAACAAAAUAAUAUAUAAUAUAAUAUAUUAUAUAUUAUAAAAGGUGAUUCAUUUAACAAUAAACACUCAUCUCGAAUAGUAUUAAUGUUUUUAAAAAUCAUUUUUUAGAUAAUUUGAAUUUUUUACUAAAAUACCAUUUUAUUAAAUAUGACAGGUACAUUUCUAAUUUUAUAUUCAUAAGUUGAAUUUUUUUUUUGAGAAUUUUAAUGUAUAUUAAUCAAAUUUUUGAGUUGUUAAUUAGUUGUAAGUGACAAGUUAUAAGUGCCUAUUUAAAGUU